AUGGAGAACAACACCAUUGACCACUCAAUCGAGGUCUUCCGCCUCAAAAAGCUCUUCCACCGGCUGGAGACUGCCAAGAUCUCAGGCUCAGUCGUCACCAUCAUCAUCCCUCCCAGGAAAAACGUCUCCGAUAUCACCAGACUCCUCAACGAAGAGUCAGGCAAGGCUGCACAGAUCAAGGAUAAGAAUAACGCUGCUGCAGUGAUAGAGGCACAGAAGUCUGCUCGCGAGCGACUAAAGCUCUACCAGAGAGCUCCAGACAAUGGACUUGUGCUGUUCACCGGCAGGAUCAUGGAUGAGACCUCCACUACUGAGAAGAAGCUGAUCUGUGACUUUGAGCCCUUCAAGCCGGUCAACCUCUCCGUCUACAACUGCGAUUCCAAGUUCUACCUGGACGAGCUCAAAAAGGAGCUGCUCAUCAACGAGCCUCCCUUCGGCUUUAUCGUGGUCGACGGUAAUGGCGCCCUCUACGCUACCCUCCAGGGUAACGCCAGGGAAAUUCUCAACAAGUUCACUGUCGAACUUCCCAAAAAGCACCAUAAGGGAGGUCAAUCCUCUGUGCGUUUUGCGCGUCUCAGAGAGGAGAAGCGCCACAACUACUUGAGAAAGGUGUGCGAGGUCGCAGCUCAGACCUUCAUCACUGACAACCGCUGUAACGUCACAGGACUCGUGCUUGCCGGUAGCGCAGACUUCAAGAACGACCUCAACAAGACCGAUAUGUUCGAUCCCCGCCUGCAGGUGAAGGUGGUCAACAUCAUCGACGUCUCCUACGGCUUCGAAAACGGACUCAACCAGGCCAUCGAGAAGUCCGCCGAGUCACUGCUCAACAUUAAGUUCAUGAAGGAGAAGGCACUGAUCUCCAGCUUCUUCGACCACAUCGCCAUCGGGGACGGUAUGGUCAUCUACGGAGUGCAGGACACCAUGAAGCUCAUCGAGUCCGGCGCAGUCGGCAGGAUCGUCUGCUACUAAGAUCUCGACUACAUCCGCAUCAAGCUCAAGAACACCGAAACUCAGAACUUCUCCACCAUCUUCGUGAAACCCAACCAGGCCACCAAUCCCGAGCUCUUCAAGGACAAGGACACUGGCGCUGUCCUCGAACCAGUCGAGGAAGAGAACGAACCCACCAGUCUUCCCGAAUGGCUCGCAGUCCACUACAAGGACUACGGCUGUGAUAUCGAGUUCGUCACCGAUAAGUCCCCCGAAGGCACCCAAUUCCUCAAGGGAUUCUCCGGUCUGGGCGGUUUCCUCCGCUACAAGAUCGAGGUCGACCACCUCAUCAACGACGCUCCCGAAUACGAGGAGGAAGAGGAUGAUUUUAUAUGA